AUGAGGAAAUUUGUGGCUCGCGGAGGGCAUGUAAGGUUUAAGGCCACCUACCCGUUGAUUGAGAUUGAACAGCUACGAAAUGGGAAAAGCUUCAAUGUUGGGGAAACUGGUACCCUGGCCUUACGAGACUACUUCGAAUGGCGAGCUCUACCGAGUAUUAUGAGACAUGAGACAUUUUUUACGCAACGGAAUAAGCUGUUAGACCAAGUUACAAAUUCCACUGAACGCCUAUCACUUUAUGAUCCGAUCCUUACGCAUUGCAUCGCUAAAUGGCUACUAGUGGACUACAAACUCAAUUCAUAUCCCUACAGUGAUCUGAACAUCAUCAAUAUCUACACCAAUUUGCCUCAAUCGCUGCGAAUUGCCAAGAGCAUGAUGUCAUAUUUUCAACUGGUAUUGUCAGAGGAUAUGUUUGAGAGAAUAAAAUACAUAAUGGUCCCGCUGCACAGUCACCAAAAAAGACCUUCGACUAAGUUGACCAGUGGUAUCCCCGGAAAAGUUCAAAUAGUCCAUGACAGAGCUGUAUUUUCUUCACAGGUAUCGAACAAAUAUAACCCGCGACCGUUUGUCAUCGAAGAUCCAGUAUAUUUCUUAAUGCUAGACGAUGUAUUAAAGAACACGUCUCAUGAUUUGGUCAAAUAUAAUCAGGAAGCUGGGAAAUGGGAACAGUGUUACGUGGAUAUUGAUGAACAUGGCCGGAGGACCCGGAGAUUUGAUAGUGAAAUGGAUUAUUGGUGUCAAAUUGCAUUGAAAAGGGCACUAAAAGAACAUGAUCCGAGUGCCACUGCAAAAACUGAGGGCGUUCUCAUUCCAACACGCCUUAUACAAUUGUUUGAACUAUUGAAGGAAUGCGCUCCAGCGCAUAAAUUGUUCGCUAUCGAUACACCGCAGAGAUGGGACCCUUCGUUCUUUUCGAUGAUUAAGUUGUUACUUGGUCAUAAACCACUACGUGCAAGCCAAAUAUUAGAGCCCGAGAGAAGUUCGAUCUGGAGCGGUCGUCGAGACGACCAUGCGCCUCGUUUUGCCAUUGAUUUUGCACAGGCUCAACAGCUUUACAUGAGCAUUAAUGAAAAUAACAGGCUGUGCGAGGUGAAAGAUAUGAGUGAGUUUGUCGACCAAUGGUUUGACGCCCGCUCUGAUGUGAUGGGGGAACUGACGAAGGAUAAACUCAACUCACAACUGGAAGUAAUAGAUGGGAGUUUGCUGGCCAUUUUGCACUCAUCUUAA